GGGAGUGGAUCUGGAGCUGUCCAGGGGGUCGGCGUGGCUUUUCGCAACGGCUUCUCGCUUUCUCCAAAGCGAGGAAUCAAAGACGCGUUUCUUUUCUCGGCUUUCCCACCGUUUUGGAUUUGAAUUUUUUGGGGGGGAGUGUGUGUGCGCUUCCUUCUUGCAAUUGCAUGGAAAGCGGAAGGAGCCGCCCGAGAGAGAGAGAAAAUUGGAAUUUUGCAGGCAGUUUGGUGGCUGGAGAGAGGGCCAGAAAGGAACAAAAGCCAGCGGAGGGAAAAUACAAGGAAGUUGCUACAUCUACCCUUUCCUUAUAAGUCGGAGAACAACGGGAUCGGGGCCGCUGUUGGCUGGCUGCAAUGAUUGCUUCCAGAAUCCUGGCGCCACAGACGUUGUAGAUGCCGCAGCCCCAGGCUCACCCCACCGACUGGAACAGCAACGUGGCUCUGGAUCCAGCUGCUGAGUGGCUUGGAGGCGCCAUCAUGCACAGAUGUUUGCAGGCUUGACUGGGGAAGACGACUCUUCUCCAUCGCUCUGACUCUCCAGCUGUGUGCCACGAAGUUGGUACCCCUUUUUUCUUCUGAGACGAGCCCAGUCAGCCAAUCAAAAUAGAGUCCCUCAAGGUGAAAGUUGACUUCCUGAAGGUGCCCCUCGGCCUGAAGAAGCCCACUCUGAAGGAGGCAGCAGCUGCCUUGGCAGCUGUCCCGGGGGCCGGGAGACCCAAAUCCGUCAACGUGGACCGCUACAAGGCUCGGCGUUCUGACAACAUGGACAACGAGUCGCAGUACUCGGGGUACUCCUACAAGUCGGGUCACUCGCGCAGCUCCCGGAAACACAGAGAUAGGCGGGAGCGGCAUCGGUCCAAGAGCCGAGAUGGGAGCCGAGGGGACAAGUCAGUGACUAUUCAGGCCCCCGGGGAGCCUCUGCUGGACAACGAGUCAACCCGUGGAGAUGAACGGGAUGACAACUGGGGGGAGACCACCACAGUGGUGACGGGCACAUCGGAGCACAGCAUCUCCCACGAUGACAUCACACGUAUCACAAAGGACAUGGAGGACAGUGCCCACUUGGACUGCUCACGCCACCUGGGCGUCUCGCUCGGCGGGGCCUUGGCCCUCCUCUCCUUCCUCACCCCCUUGGCCUUCAUGCUCCUGCCCCAGUUACUAUGGGGAGAGAAACUGGAGCCCUGUGGGACACCUUGUGAAGGGCUCUUCAUCUCGGUGGCCUUCAAGCUCCUCAUCCUCCUCUUGGGCAGCUGGGCUCUCUUCUUCCGCCGCCCCAAGGCCUUCUUCCCUCGCAUCUUUGUCUUCCGGGCCUUGCUUAUGGUGCUGGUUUUCCUCCUGGUGGUCUCUUACUGGCUCUUCUAUGGCGUCCGCAUCCUGGACUCACGUGACACCAACUACCAGGGCAUCGUGCAGUACGCCGUCUCCCUUGUGGACGCCCUGCUCUUCGUCCACUACUUGGCUGUGGUUCUUCUUGAGCUGCGGCAACUCCAGCCUCACUUCACCCUCAAGGUGGUGCGCUCUACUGAUGGGGCCAGCCGGUUCUAUAAUGUCGGCCAUCUCAGCAUCCAGCGAGUUGCAGUGUGGAUCCUUGAAAAUUACUACCACGACUUCCCAGUUUACAACCCUGCUCUCCUUAACCUGCCAAAGUCUGUUCUGUCCAAGAAAAUGUCUGGGUUCAAGGUGUACUCCCUUGGGGAAGAAAACACAACCAACAACUCAACGAGCCAGUCGCGGGCUGUCAUUGCCGCAGCUGCCCGGAGGCGGGACAACAGCCACAAUGAAUAUUACUACGAGGAGGCGGAGCAUGAGCGCAGGGUGCGGAAACGACGUGCCAGGCUAGUGGUAGCCGUAGAAGAGGCCUUCACGCACAUCAAACGGCUCCAGGAGGAGGAUCAGAAAAACCCACGAGAGAUCAUGGACCCACGAGAGGCAGCUCAGGCCAUCUUUGCCUCCAUGGCCCGGGCCAUGCAGAAAUACUUGCGUACCACCAAGCAGCAGCCCUACCACACAAUGGAGAGCAUCCUGCAACAUUUGGAGUUCUGCAUUACCCAUGACAUGACACCCAAGGCAUUCCUUGAACGUUACCUGACCGCGGGUCCUACCAUCCAGUACCACAAAGACCGCUGGCUUGCCAAGCAGUGGACUCUGGUCAGUGAGGAACCAGUGACCAACGGCCUGAAGGACGGAGUGGUCUUUAUCCUCAAGCGCCACGACUUCAGCCUGGUUGUGAGCACCAAAAAGAUUCCAUUCUUCAAACUCUCGGAAGAAUUUGUGGACCCCAAAUCGCACAAGUUUGUGAUGCGGCUUCAGUCAGAGACCUCGGUGUGAACUGAAACUGGGGCAAGGGGCUUGAAGGGCUUGGAGAUGGCCUUCUGUGAAGGGAGCAGGCAGGUGCACAUCUUUUUUCUUUUGUUCUCUCUGGGAUUUGGAAGAGGCUAUCCAGUUGGCCGAAAGCCUUCCUGGUGUGGGAGUUGACGUCUGCAUCUCUGCAUCGUUUGAUGCGCUGACAUCGACCACUCGAUUUCCGUUUCCUCCAGAUCUCCCCUCCACCAGUUCUUCACAACACCUAUUGAGGGGGAGUAGUCAGGAGAUGGGGGGCGACCUCUUUCUGCCCCUCCCAGUUUCCGUUCUCUCCAAUCCCAGUUGUGCUUGUAGCAAAACCCAGAAGGCGCACAGGGGUGACGGAUGGCAUAUAUCUCCCCUCUCCCCUUGCAAAAAGACACAAUCGAAAGUGUGGUGCCAAAUUUAAGGGCUAAUUCCGUUCACUGUCUUCACCAGCAUCUCCAAACGCAGUGGGGUCUGAGGAACUUCCUUGAAUGUGUUUUUUUAAAAAAGUAAAAAUAGCAACCAACUAACCUCUUGGCUCCAGCCUCUGAAACAUCGCCCAGUUUCGGUGUUGGCAUCUCUCGGUCCCCAAGCUCCAACCUGACUUGCACAAGACUUUAUAGAGCAUCACGGAAGAAGAAAGCAACCUCUGCCCGGUGGCUGCUAUUUUUGAUCUUCCAUCCCUACGUGGAGCGUGGAGGAUGGACCCAGCUGGCCCCUCUUUUGUCGUUUGCAACUUUGGUACAGAAACACCCCUCCGUUUCAUUUUCCUCGGCUGUUUUUUCCCAGCACAACUUUUUUCAGUACAAAACGAAACAAAAAAAAAAAACGAUGGGGUUUUUGGGGUAAUGUUUUAAAAUGGUGAGGGGUUUUUUUCCUUCUAAAAAUGAUGUUGAUCGCUGUGCUUUUUUAAAGAAAUCCUGUGUGUUGUAAAUAAUUGACUUCUGUUAGGAUCGCCGGAAUCAUAGUUGUGUGCACCUCUCCUUGUGGUUGGAGCCUCAUUUACUCAGAGGUGGUUGUGUGUCGGAAGACCCUCGGUGUGAGACCUGGAGGAGAGCGCAGUAUCACAGCCCUCCUUGACAGUUCUCUUCUAAAAUUGAAUUGCUGUUCCACUCCUUUAACUUUCAGUGCAAUAGAGCAGUGCUCUUUCAGCCAUGGGGGGACGGGGAGGUCACUGCUGUGUCCCAAACCCCAGCCAUUCUCUUGCUUCCUUUAGGAAGGACCUGCUGCUAGUGCCCACACCUAGAGAGCGAGGGCUGCGUGCCUCUCUUUGCACAAAUACACUGAGAGAGGCAACAGAAUGGCAAGGCAAAAUAGAGAGGUGGAUUCCUCCAUGAGUGUAACCGUUCACUUAUUCCUCACUAUGGCACCCCAGCUUGGUUCCUGUCCCCUGCUCUUUAGGUCUGCAGCCCACAGUCACAUACUUGACCAUCCUGCCAUGUUUUUGGUGUCACAUGACUUCCUGUCAUAUGAUUGCAGCUCAGUGGGUCCCUGGGUCUGGAAGGGCCAAAGAUCACAGCCAGAGAGGGUUCUCUCCAUAGAGAUGCCAAGGAAUAGAGCAGUUCUGCUCAGUGCCUAUAGCAGAAUCAUAGCUGCACUCAAGUUUUUUUAACUGGAACUUCAGGCACUUUAGCCAUUUCCUGUCUCUGAUCUGAAUCGAGGCACUGCUCUUUUGGAACAUGAUCCAUGGGACAUUCCCCUGCUCACGAUCUUUUGAAAUUAUUGGACUCUCUUGAGCAGUUUCUGUUCAUCUCAACAAGGCGUGUACGGAAGAACAUCCAUUUGGAUUGUGUCCUUAGCUGUUGUAAACCACUAGCAACAGCGUGAAUUGCAUGGCUGUUGGUUGUUUAUCUUGGUUUUAUGGCCCUAGUAUCUCACCACCUUCAAGUAUGAUGUCCUCUUAUACCAGCCACGUUAGAGCAAAAAUGUGUCCAAUGUAAGAGUUGGCCAAUUAUAAUUUUGGCCCUCAGGCAGGCAGUUGGCUUCACUCUGCCUCUGUAAGUUUUUAUAUGCUUAAAAUAGUGUUAACUACUGUGCACCUGGAGGAGAUCUGGGGUUAGUGGGCCCUUCUAGAGUAAUCUAGCUGAAUGCCUUCUGUUGGGUGAUGCUGCAGUGCUACCUUCAGCUAGAAAAGUCCCUAGACAAGUUGCAAGAGGUCUGUAGGCUGGGGAUUUCCCACUUUGGGCUUCUGCAUGCCAUCAGGUCAGAGCCGCAGAUCUCCACAAAUUCCACCAGCAUCUCUUGAGAAUUCCAGUAUAUUUAUUGGCCGCCAUCAAGAAUUCCAAGAGGCUUAUUGGCCAGCACCAGCACAUCCAAGAUGCUUAUUGGCUGCCAUUGUUGACAAGGAAUGAUGACAUCACAACACCUGUAAAUCAGUUCUUCACAUUCAUGUCUUCAACGUGGAUUUUUUAAAAAAAAUCCGCUUAUUUUUCUGGAAGGAAUCCCUUUUUGUUACAGAUACCUCAGGAUUUUUUUUUCUUUUGAAGGGGCUCUUUGUAUGUCUGCUGCAGUUCCAGUUAUCUAAUUUUUUAAAAAUAUUUUUAAAUAAAGAAGGGCAGAGUUUCGGUUGCUCUAAAAGUGAUUGCUAAGUUGGUGCUUUUUGGUGUUGGGAAUUGUCUGUGGGUGGGUUGUUUUGCUUAAAGGCUGAAGGUGAGGACGUGGCGUGAGAUACCUUGUAUUUAAUCACUGUGAUUUUUUAAAUAACAGUUAUUUUAAUACUUGGGGCAUGAUCCAGCUAAUGUGAAGCGCUUUUAAAUCCUAUUGGUUUCCGUGAGAAGGGCUGUGGCUCAGGAGCAGAGCGUCUGCCUUGCACGUAGAAGGUCCUGCGUUCAGUCCCUGGCACCUGUCGUUAAGCUGUUUGGGUACCCUUUAGAAAAUCUGCCUGAGAUCUUUUGCCAGCCAGGGUAGUUUAACCCUGUGCUAGAUAAAUCGGUGUAGUUAUGUCCUCUCAAGGGCAGAACCUAUACAGGAAUGAGAGAAGAAAUAAUGUAUUUUUCACCUUACACCCAGUUAUUUCUGAGGUCAGUGAUACUCAAGAGGCAUAGUUUAAAAACUCCCGGACUUCUAAAUGUUUCCAACCUCUUCAGAGGGAGAAUUUUUCCUGCAUAGGCGUCUGUAAUAUACAGUGUUCUGCUUUGCCCCUUCCUUGUGGGAGAACGUUGCCUUGUGCUACUAAUUCAUCACCAGGUGUCGCAUUUGUAUGAUAUGCUGCAUUCCGUCUCUCCGGCAACUUGAUUGAAAGGGACUCUGUGGUCGAACUCAUGGUUUGUUUGCCAAGAAAAAUCCCCAGGUUCAACCCUCAGCGUCUCUAAUUAAAGAAUUAAGUAGAGGGAAAGACCUUUCCUGACCUGGAAAGAGGCACCACCAAUCAAGAGUUGGCAGAGUGCGUUAGAUGGAGCAGUGAUCUGACCCAAUAUAAUACAGCUUUCAGGAAAAAUAUUCUGACGGGGAAACGGGGUCUGCAGUGACUUAGCAGUUGGAAGUAGUCCAAGAUUAUAUCUGAAGCUUUUUUUAUAGCAGGUCAUUCCUUUGGUCCCAUCGACUUUACAGGCACAAGCCCCAGUCUCUGCUCCACAAGGACCUUUAAUGGGAGGUGACUGGGAUUUUGUAUUAGUGCAUUCCCACCCACCCCACCGCCCUUGGUGAGUCAUCACCAGUGCUUUUUUUUUUUUAGCAGAAGGGAGGGAUAAAAACAUUAAACCUGUGAGUGACCUUCCCCUUGCAAAGAGGUGCUCUGCCACUGAAGCAUGGCCAGACGGCCAGCAUGGACUGACUAUAUGGUUCUCAGGACAUGGUGUGUCUGUGGGAAGGGGGUCAUUUUCAUUUUCAAUGUGGGAAAAUUUAUACUUCUGCUCUACAGCCCCUGAUUUGUGUUUGAAGCUGGCUUUUGGAAGCUCCUGUGUUUGGUCUUGAACAUCUUCAUUUCCAAGGAAUUUAGAUAGCAGUGCUGGGAAAGACCUUUCUCUGUCCGAGAAGACCCUCCAUAGCUAUCCUAAGGGACAUCCUAAUCUCUACCCUAAGCAGAGUUACACCCUUCUAAGCCCAUUGAAGUCAAUGAACUUAGGAAGGGAUUAACCCUACUUAGGAUACCAGCUUGAUCCAGCACCCAUCCAUUCAAGCCCUACCUGGAAUUCUACACAGAAUUCAAGUAGGAGAGGGUGUCCCUUAAGAUCAUAAUCUAAGACAUCUCUCUCUCUACCCCUUUUCGAAAAAACAAAAACAAAAAACAACCAGCCUAAUGAGUAUUGGAGAACACAGAAGUUUGCACCAUGUUUUGUGUCAUUUUGGUUGGUCUUCAUAAAAAGUAUUUCAUGGAGCUUUGGAUUUUGUUGUGGACCAAAUGGCAACCAGCAGACCCUUGUCCGAGUGAAAUCCACAGGCCUUAAUUUGCCACACUUUGGCUGGAUCAGCAAAAAGAGGUAUAUUUCCUAGUCAGAUCUGUGAGGUUGUAUGUUUUGUAUGGAGAGCAUUCUCCUCGUCCCCACCCCCUGCCCCAUGCUGUAAAGUCCAGUUUGCUGCAGGGAGCACCCAGGAGGAGGCCUAAGAGAGCCGGUAUGUUUAAGCGUACAUUGUAAUGUGAAAUGUGAAGAUGUGAAACUUGUGCAGCACAAUUUGCCAGCGGUCCAGGACUGGCUGUAUUUCUCCUUGAAGAAGAUACAGAUUGACAUACCUGGGUUUCUGUGUAAUAUUUAAAAUUACCCAUAGGCAUCUAUCGGUAAUGUUCAUCUUAUGUCAGUGGGAGAUUACCCUGGUGAUACACUUCUCUCUUUCCUCCUGCAGUCACCCCUGUUCUCUCGCUAUCUAGUUCCUGUCCUUUGGCCAUUCUUCCAUUUUGUGUGUGUGUGUGUGUGUGUGUGUGCGUGUGUUUGGCUGCCAUCCCACUGUAAAAUUAUGGCGGUGGUCUGACUCCCCCCUUCUUCUUGUCUCAGCUGUGACUGGUAGGCUUGAUGCAGCUAAGAUACGCCUAUCUCCUUUAACGUGGCACUGGAAUUAAUACUCGUGGGCACAAAUACCUCAGCCAAGGUGGAAAUAGUUGACAGAAAACCACAUCGCAGCCCUUUAAAUAUUUACCGGGUGGAGAGGUGGUUGUCUGAAGUCAUGGCAGUAUCCUCGCAUUACCAGCCACCACCCCCCUCCCGCCCCUGGUUGCUCGUGGAGGUAGUUGACUGAAAUGAUUAGGCCAGAGCUCAUUCUCUCUCUGCAAGUCUGUCGAUCAACAGAAGUGUGUUUAAUGCGUUGAAGUGAUUUUAUUGCAUAGAAGAUAAUUUCAGGUGGGUACCCAUGUUGCAGUGCAGUAGAAGAGCAAGAAGUAGCACCUUAGAGCCAAGCUACAAGUGACGCCUGACGCAGGUUGGACGCUUGUCAGCUUCCCUCAAGUUUUGGCGGGAAAUGUAGGCGUCCUGGUCUGGCAGCUGUAAUGGAGAGCCAAGCUGUAUA